CUAACUUCAGCUACGUUUGUUGAUCAUGGACAACCGCUUCAGUGAAAUCAUAAGUGACAAGGAUCGUGAUGCUGUGAUAAACUCAUCUACACAAUAUAACAAAACAAAAUAUAAAAUCCUCGUUUUUGUGCUUCUGUCGACAAUUUGUCAAAAAGUUUACAUCAAAAUAAGCAGUGCAAAUUUUCAUAAUGUUUUUACUCCGAAAUUCGAGCAUUAAAGCAAAGCAGUUCAUAAUUUAUUCUCUUCUAAACAACAACGUCACAAAUAUAGUGUAACCUAAAGGUGUGAUAAAAUCUAGUUAAUAUUUUAUCCAAACAUGAAUACGGACCAGUUACAUUUUAUUAGUAAGAAGAAGCGUUGGUACGUAAUAAGAUGAACUUGAGAGUUUUAUUUGUUGCGUUGUGCGCUAUGUGUUUUGAAAGUAGUAUUCAGGCUGAAGAUGGAUAUACAUUUAUCAAUAAAGUGCGGUUUCCAUUUUCGCAGUUCUUUGAUCCUUUUAUGGGGCUUAUUGUAGCGUUUGAUAUCAAACUAGUGCCAUCAGAAAUAGAUUUGGACAUGUCUUGGAAUAUUGAAGCUAAUUAUCUCCUACCACAAAAUGAAACACAGUACACUUUUCCACCAAUUAUUCCAGCUGAUUCGGAUAGACGCCUAUUUGAUAGGAGCAUGCUUUACAAAAUGUUUGAGGCCAAAUUAGACGAGUUCAGUAAGAGUUAUGGAGGAAAAAAUUGUUUCCUGAGAGUACUGUGUGAAAUGUCCCGAUAUACUACAAAAGAUACCGACGUUUUAGGAGACAUAGUCCACAUCAUUUUAAGCCCAACUUCUUCAUUGAACAGCAAUCUGUCGCCCAAAUAUGAAACUGCAGAGACCUAUGGAAAAAAAUACAAGCAUUGUAAAAAGUAUAGUAAAAAGUGCCCUAUAGAUAUUUUAAGCUAUUUCAGUGUACUUGGAGAACUGUUGAACAAUAGAUUUUUCUAACAUUGAUUGAGAAAAAA